AAAAAGAAAACCAUUUAUCCUCCCAUCCCAACCUCUCCUUUGCAUCACACCCAAAACCCAACUCAUCCUCAUUCCAUCCCCCCAAUUUAAUCCAAUCAAACCCGAAAAAACAAAAACAAACAAAAAAAAAAAAAACUUUUUUUUUCCCAUCCCAACCUCUCAUUCAAUCACACCCAAAACCCAAAAAUCCCCACCACCCAAAAUUCCCCCCAGAAAUGCAAGAAAAUCCAUCAAUGGCUUCUGGUAGCAGAGCAGCAUACACUCAUCAAACAAACCACACCAACUCCUCUUCAGGCGCCAGCAUCCUCAGAGUCACCGCCCAACAGAACCGCCACACCCAAGAAACUACCUCCAAGGCCAUCGCCCAAUACACCGCUGAUGCCCGUCUCCAUGCCUUCUUCGAGCAGUCAGGUGAGUCGGGCAAGUCCUUCGACUACUCCCAAUCCAUCAAGACCACCAACCAGUCCAUCCCUGAGCAACAGAUCACCGCCUACCUCUCCAAGAUCCAGCGUGGUGGCCACAUACAGCCCUUUGGCUGCAUGAUUGCCAUCGAUGAAUCCACCUUCCACAUAAUCUCCUACAGCGAGAACGCCACCGACAUGCUCUGCCUCACCCCGCAGUCCGUCCCUUCUCUCGACGGCCCACGUGCUGUCGCCAUUGGCGUCGACGUCCGCUCCCUCUUCACCCCCUCUAGUGCCUGCCUGCUCGAGAAGGCUGCCGGGGCCCGCGAAAUCACGCUCCUCAACCCCGUCUGGAUCCAUUCCAGGAACUCAGGCAAGCCCUUCUAUGCCAUCCUGCAUAGGAUUGACGUGGGAAUUGUGAUUGACUUGGAGCCCGCGCGGACGGAGGACCCUGCAUUGUCGAUUGCCGGCGCGGUCCAAUCUCAGAAGCUUGCUGUCCGCGCAAUCUCGCGGCUGCAGGCACUGCCCGGUGGUGACAUCAAGCUGCUCUGUGAUACUGUCGUUCAGCACGUCAGGGAGCUAACCGGCUACGACCGGGUCAUGGUGUAUAAAUUCCACGAAGAUGAGCACGGGGAGGUUGUCGCCGAGAGCAAACGGGCUGAUCUGGAACCAUACAUCGGGCUGCAUUACCCAGCCACAGACAUCCCACAGGCAUCCAGAUUCCUAUUCAAGCAGAACCGGGUGAGAAUGAUCAGCGAUUGCCACGCCACGCCUGUUACAGUUAUCCAGGACGAACAGCUGCUGCAGCCACUGUGCUUGGUAGGAUCAACGCUGCGGGCUCCACAUGGUUGCCAUGCCCAGUAUAUGGCCAACAUGGGCUCGAUCGCCUCGCUGGCAAUGGCGGUGAUCAUAAACGGGAGUGACGAGGAGGCUGUGGGCAGCCGCAGCUUGAUGAAGCUGUGGGGCCUUGUUGUGUGCCACCACACAUCACCCCGCUGCAUCCCGUUCCCGCUCCGCUAUGCCUGUGAGUUCCUCAUGCAGGCGUUCGGGCUGCAGCUGAACAUGGAGCUGCAGCUGGCGUUGCAGCUCUCAGAGAAGCACGUUCUGCGGACUCAGACUCUUCUCUGCGACAUGCUCCUGCGUGAUUCCCCGACCGGAAUAGUCACUCAGAGUCCCAGUAUCAUGGACCUUGUGAAAUGCGAUGGGGCUGCGGUCUAUUACCGGGGUAAGUACUACCCACUUGGCAUCACCCCAACAGAAGCCCAGAUUAAGGAUAUCGUUGAAUGGUUGUUAGCCUCUCAUGGGGACUCGACCGGUUUGAGCACAGACAGUUUGGCUGAUGCCGGGUACCCUGGCGCAGCCUCUCUUGGGGAUGCUGUUUGCGGAAUGGCUGUGGCUUAUAUCACGCCGAGGGAUUUCUUGUUCUGGUUUCGGUCCCACACAGCAAAAGAGAUCAAAUGGGGCGGGGCAAAGCAUCAUCCCGAGGAUAAAGAUGACGGACAGCGGAUGCAUCCACGGUCAUCAUUCAAGGCCUUCUUGGAAGUGGUCAAGAGCAGGAGCUCGCCGUGGGAGAAUGCGGAGAUGGAUGCCAUCCAUUCAUUGCAGCUUAUCUUGCGGGAUUCGUUUCGGGAUGCAGCUGAGGGUGGCAAUUCGAAGGCUAUGAUCAAUGCCCAGUUCAGUGAUUUGGAGUUGCAGGGAAUAGAUGAGCUUAGUUCUGUUGCUAGAGAGAUGGUUAGGCUGAUAGAGACGGCAACUGCACCGAUUUUUGCCGUUGAUUCGGAUGGUCGGAUUAAUGGGUGGAAUGCAAAAGUUGCAGAAUUGACGGGACUCUCCGUCGAGGAAGCUAUGGGAAAGUCAUUAGUUCACGACCUUGUUUAUAUGGAGUCUGCGGACAGCGUCGACAAGCUUUUAUAUCGUGCUUUAAAAGGUGAAGAAGAUAAGAAUGUGGAGAUAAAGCUAAGGACGUUUGGCCCGCAAGAACCCAAAAAGGCCGUCUUUGUGGUAGUCAACGCCUGCUGUAGCAAGGACUACACAAACAAUAUUGUCGGGGUGUGCUUCGUCGGUCAAGAUGUUACUGGACAGAAACUGGUCAUGGAUAAGUUCAUUAACAUACAAGGUGAUUAUAAGGGCAUCGUGCACAGUCCUAAUCCGCUUAUUCCUCCUAUAUUUGCUUCAGAUGAAAAUACCUGUUGCUCGGAGUGGAACACGGCAAUGGAAAAGCUUACUGGUUGGGCAAGAGGGGACAUCAUUGGAAAGCUGUUGGUUGGAGAUGUUUUCGGCAGUUGUUGUAGGCUUCGGGGCCCAGAUGUGCUGACAAAAUUCAUGAUUGUCCUUCACAAUGCAAUUGGAGGUCAGGAAACUGACAAGCACCCAUUUGCAUUUUUUGACAAGAACGGCAAAUAUGUGCAAGCUCUCUUGACCGCAAACAAGAGGGUUAACAUGGACGGCCAGAUUACUGGGGCCUUUUGUUUCCUGCAGACUGCAAGCCCUGAACUGCAGCAAGCUCUAGAAGUUCAGCGGCAGCAAGAAAAGAAAUGUUUUUCCAGAAUGAAAGAGCUAGCCUACAUUUGCCAAGAGGUAAAAAAUCCAUUGAGUGGAAUACGCUUUACUAACUCACUCUUGGAGGCUACAGAUCUAUCCGACGAUCAGAGGCAGUUUCUUGAGACUAGUGCUGCUUGUGAGAAGCAGAUGAUGAAGAUAAUAAAAGAUGUCAAUUCUGAGAGUAUUGAAGAUGGUUGUGAGAUAGUGGGACUUCAAAGGAGGUGAAAUGCCAAAGAAGCAACAGAUAUCCCUGAGUUUACACAUGAAUAAAUACAUUGGUUUUGUA